AUGAGUGAAAGGAGAAGAUCUGCAGUCGCCCUGAGCUCGCGAGCACAUGCCUUCUCCGUUGAAGCCUUGAUCGGCUCAAAUAAAAAGCGGAAACUGCGAGACUGGGAGGGAGGGGUUUGUGUCCAUGGGGCUGAGCCCCUUGGUCAUUCACUCGGAGACGCGGAGGACGCGGCCGCGCACGGCCUGGAGCCUCACCCGGAUUCCGAGCAGAGCACCGGUUCAGACUCUGAGGUGCUCACUGAGCGGACUUCCUGCUCCUUUGACACUCACACUGACCUGGGCCCUGGUGCUGCAGGCCCUGUGCCUGCCACCAUGUCUUCCAUGGAAGAGAUUCAGGUGGAGCUGCAAUGUGCUGACCUAUGGAAGCGGUUCCAUGACAUUGGAACUGAGAUGAUCAUCACCAAAGCAGGCAGGAGGAUGUUUCCUGCCAUGAGAGUAAAAAUCACUGGCCUGGACCCACACCAGCAAUACUACAUAGCAAUGGACAUUGUGCCUGUGGACAAUAAAAGAUACAGAUAUGUGUACCACAGCUCCAAGUGGAUGGUGGCUGGCAAUGCGGACUCCCCUGUGCCCCCAAGAGUUUAUAUACACCCUGAUUCUCUAGCUUCUGGAGACACUUGGAUGAGACAGGUGGUCAGUUUCGACAAACUCAAGCUGACCAACAAUGAAUUGGAUGAUCAAGGACAUAUCAUUCUGCACUCUAUGCACAAAUACCAGCCUCGAGUUCACGUGAUCCGCAAGGAUUUCAGCAGUGACCUGUCGCCCACCAAACCUGUCCCUGUUGGGGAUGGAGUGAAAACAUUCAACUUUCCUGAGACCGUGUUCACCACAGUCACAGCCUACCAGAACCAGCAGAUCACCAGAUUAAAAAUCGAUCGAAACCCUUUUGCUAAAGGAUUCAGAGAUUCUGGAAGAAACAGGACCGGACUGGAAGCCAUCAUGGAGACUUACGCGUUCUGGAGACCCCCUGUGCGCACACUCACCUUUGAGGAUUUCACCACCAUGCAAAAGCAGCAAGGGGGCAGCACAGGCACUUCCCCGACCACCUCCAGCACUGGGACACCAUCGCCUUCAGCUUCUUCUCACCUUUUGUCUCCAUCCUGUUCUCCUCCAACAUUUCACCUGGCCCCCAACACUUUCAACGUGGGCUGUCGAGAGAGCCAGCUGUGCAAUCUAAACCUCUCUGAUUAUCCACCAUGUGCCCGAAGCAACAUGGCUGCCUUGCAGAGCUACCCGGGGCUGAGUGACAGUGGCUACAACAGGCUCCAGAGUGGCACUGCUUCAGCCACUCAGCCCUCCGAAACCUUCAUGCCUCAGAGGACUCCAUCCCUGAUCUCAGGAAUACCGACUCCUCCCUCGUUGCCUAGCAACAGCAAGAUGGAAGCCUACGGUGGCCAGCUGGGGUCCUUCCCCACUUCCCAGUUCCAGUAUGUCAUGCAGGCCGGCAAUGCAGCCUCGAGCUCCUCCUCACCACACAUGUUCGGGGGCAGCCACAUGCAGCAGAGCUCCUAUAACGCCUUCUCUCUCCACAACCCUUACAAUCUGUACGGAUACAAUUUCCCCACUUCUCCGAGGCUAGCUGCAAGCCCGGAAAAACUGAGCGCCUCUCAAAGCACUUUACUCUGUUCUUCUCCUUCCAACGGGGCCUUUGGAGAGAGGCAGUACCUGCCCACGGGGAUGGAGCACAGCAUGCACAUGAUUAGCCCUUCGCCCAACAACCAGCAGGCGACUAACACCUGUGACGGCCGGCAGUACGGGGCGGUCCCAGGCUCCUCCUCCCAGAUGUCCGUGCACAUGGUUUAA